AUGGAAUACCAGACCAAACGUGGCGGUCGUGUUAUACUGAGCGACAUUCAAACGUAUCCAAAACAGGACGGCUGGACACCACUGGAGGCAAUGGCGAAGACUAUAUCAGUGGAAACGGGUAUAACUCAGGCUCUACUCAAACAGAACGAAUUGGCCGAUAGUGUCAAGGAUUCCGAUUAUAGCGGCUUUUUAGUCAACUUUUUGAGAGAACAGAUUCGCGAUCUCAAGGAAUUGGGUGAUCACGUGACACGAUUGAAGCGAGUGGGCCCAGGAAUCGGCGAAUAUCUAUAUGAUAAAUAUUCUAUAAUGAAAAAAUAA